GAUUUGUCACAGCUUGUCACAUGGUACAAGGCUGUUGUGAAUAGCCUUUUAUCAUGUGAUCUCACGUAGUAAGCAUUGAUCUAAGCACACUCCACUGCAGGGGCGGACUGACAACUCAUGGGGUUCCCGGGCAAUAGGGGAUAAUGGGGCCCCUGUGUCCUUGCCCAAACUCAAAAAAGCCUAUGAAAAAGGUACCAGGGCAUCUCAUGGUGCCCCCUACUGACCCCGGGCCCUCGGGCAGUGCCCAAGUUUCCAAAUGGUCAGUCCGCCCCUGC